GACGAAUAACGGGAGGGCGAAUGUUUCCUUCUGACUCUUCCCUUUGGACCUCGGAGUGAGAGACUCUGAACGCCCAGAUUAAUAGGAUGACGCACAGGUUUAGGGCCUUGGGGAGCCUUUUCCUCGUCUCUCGUCACUCGCUCAGGCACACCGGGGGCAUGCCUGUGGGGUCCUCAUCUCCAAAGAAGAUGGCUGCCCGGGUGGUGACGGCUACACGAGAGUGGUCGCGCUUGGCGCUCGGCUCGCGGAGUGCUGUCCUUCGACUUCCAGAGCUAACCCAGGUGAGGUGGAGCCGCUAUGGGCCUGAAUACAGGGAUCCCCAGAUUGACAAGGACUAUUACCGCAAGCCCUUGGCAGAGCUGACUGAGGAGGAGAAGUAUGAGCGGGAGCUCAAGAAAACUCAGUUUAUCAAAGCUGCCCCAGCGACAAAAACAAGUUCUGUGUUUGAAGACCCAGUGAUCAGUAAAUUCACCAACAUGAUGAUGAAAGGAGGAAACAAAGUGCUGGCCAGGUCCCUCAUGACACAGACUCUGGAGGCUGUGAAAAGGAAGCAGUUUGAGAAGUACCAUGCCGCUGCGGCCGAGGAACAGGCAGCCAUUGAACGCAACCCCUACACCAUCUUCCACGAAGCACUGAAGAACUGCGAGCCUGUGAUUGGGCUGGUUCCCAUCCUCAAGGGCGGCCACUUCUACCAGGUACCUGUGCCACUAACUGACCGGCGGCGGCGCUUCCUGGCCAUGAAGUGGAUGAUUACAGAGUGCAGGGAGAAGAAGCACCGGCGGACGCUGAUGCCAGAGAAGCUGUCGCAUGAGCUGCUGGAGGCUUUUCACAACCAGGGCCCUGUGAUUAAGAGGAAGCAUGACAUGCACAAGAUGGCGGAGGCCAACCGCGCCCUGGCCCACUAUCGCUGGUGGUAGUGGGACGGUGGAGGUUCCAGGAGCCUGGGGCUCCCUGCUGCAAGAAAUCAUGUGAGCCACUGUCACACUGAAAAACACCUGUGGAUUAAGGAUGUAGUUCCUUUUGAAGGGCAGGCAGGCCUCAAAAGGAUGAAGCAGCAUGUUUAUGACUUGUUAGUCUUUUUUCUAUUUGGGGCUAGAACUCCUGCCCCAUCUCCUUGAAAAGACGGGGGACAUUGUCUUGAAUUUUCCCUGGGACACUUAGGGCCCAUCCAGCCUUCUCUUCCCUCUACUUGGUGUGGACCUUGGGAUGAUAUGAUAGGAAGCAGUUUUAGUAACAGAAAAGGUUUAUUAGAAAAUUCUCGCCCUGAACUGGUGUAACACGUGAUGUGGUACUGCCAUGCAUUAAAACCAGCUGGAGGAAGGAUGCUCGUUUUCCAAGAGGUCCUUGUACAAAAUGUAUAAAAAGCAGUUUCUGGUG